AGUCGCGGAAUAUCGUUCGCUUUCUGUCGUCUCCGGUUGCCACAAAUCGUUUCCAUUGUCCCCUUUUUUCUGGCAAACAAUGGCAGGAGUAGAAUGUGGUAUUUCCACUUUACAUCAAUGGGAGUCCCCAGAUUAUGAGCCUUCACUUCCUGUUUCGGAGAAGUCUAAUCCCCUGACACGUGACAUCGACCGAGCGUCGGCCUAUAGCAUUGUGAAGAUGUUACAAGUUUGCGACACCCAGAUGUUUCAGGAAGAGAUGGGAGCAACCUACCAGAGGCUUUUGAGCAGCCAAGUGGUGAAAACCUUAAUGGAGGUUGCUAAAAGGGUGGAGGUCAUUCUCAAGGAUCCUCAGGACAGCCGUGUCGUACUGAGCGGCUGCGGCACUUCUGGUCGGCUGGCUUUCCUGAUCUCGUCAGGCUUCAACAAAGCACUGAGUCAGGUGGACCGAAGUACAGUCUACUCAUACAUCAUUGCAGGAGGAGACAGAGCUCUGCUUUCCUCCCAAGAGGCUCCCGAAGACGACCCCAAACUGGGCAUGCUCAGUCUGAAGAAGGCAUGUGAGGGAAAGAAGCGAGUCCUGUUCAUCGGCAUUUCCUGUGGAUUGUCUGCUCCAUUUGUGGCAGGUCAGCUGGAUUUCUGCUUGCAGCACCCUGAAAUCUGCACUCCGGUACUGGUUGGCUUCAACCCUGCACAUCAGGCCAGGGAUGAGCCCAUGCAAGACUGCACCUUCACGUUUCACAGUGUGGUACAAAGGAUGCAAGAACUUGCAAAAAGUCAAAAGGCCUUCCUCAUCAACCCAGCAGUUGGGCCUGAAGCCAUCAGUGGCUCCUCCAGGAUGAAGGGAGGCAGCGCCACUAAGAUUAUCCUGGAAGUUGCCCUGUCUGCUGCUCAUGCUGCCACUUUCUCCAAUACACCCAUCACAUACGAUGGUAUUCUGCAGCACAUGAGAGCAUAUGAGAGAACUCUGGACAUCACGUACUCUCAGAGUGAGGGCAUCACUGCUCUGGUGGAGGCAGCAGGACGGAGUUUGCGGUGCAGUAGGCAUGUGUAUUACCUGGGCUGGGGCUCCCUGGCUUUGCUGGGCCUCAUUGAUGCCAGUGAGUGUAACCCCACAUUUGGUGCAGACUACGAGGAUGUUCGAGGCUUCAUCAGCGGAGGAUACAGCGAGCUGAAUAACAGUGACGGUCCCUUAACUUCACUGGGUCCUGAGUUCUGCAUAGCACAUCAGGACUUUUUACAGCUGAUCCUCCCAUAUGUUACUGACAAGGACACUGUUCUACUAAUCUACACAAACUCCGACGAUGUCAGUGAAGUGGGGAACCUGGCACGCAGAGUGAGAGAAAAGACGCUGAACCUCCAUGCUGUUUACCAUCAGGCCGAUGGAGACACAGCAGCUUCUAUACAACAAGAUGACAUCAAUAGGCUGUGCUUAUCUACCCUAAAGAUCACUUGGCCUCAGGAAGGACGUGCUUCAGGGAUCUUACAGCACAUGUGGGAGCUGUCCACCAAGCUGGUGCUGAAUGCUGUGAGCACCGGAGCUCACGUCUUAAAGGGGAAAAUAUACCAGAACCACAUGAUCGACGUGCAGGUCACCAAUACUAAACUGUACCGCAGGGCCACAUGGUUACUCCAGAAGCUUUCUGGAUGUCUGGAGCGGCAAUGUGAGGACGCCCUUUUAAAGGCAAUCUACCGAGUAGAUGAGCUGACAGUGGAGAUGACAUCCUCUGACAUCACCUCACACACGCACUUUGCCAGAAAGAGGACCAAGGUGGUCCCUCUGGCUUUGGUCUUUUUGCUUACUGGUUGGUCAGUCAUGGAGGCGGCGUCUCAUUUGGAGCAGCAACCAAUCGUUAGGGAGGCUUUGGAUAAGUGGUUGCCGUAACUGAUGCUGUUAUCAAGCUGAAACUCUAAACACAAAGCACACAAAUGUCUUCAGUCGUGUUUUUGUCUGCUUCCACAGGGAGGAAUCGGACAGCUUUUAUUUCACUUUUAAAUGAAUGUAUUUCUAUUGGAUUUCAUGUGAUUAAAAUAAGGUUAAGUAUAAGUUUUCCUUCACACUGAAAGCCUAAAACUGAUCCUGGGACAGUGUUUCACUCUGUGUUCUGUGACCAUUUUCUGGAGUUAAAGGCUCAGCUGUCUCUGUCCGCGUGAUGUAAGACAACCUCAAUCCCAAUGUCCCUCUGUUGCUCAACACACAGUCACAGAUAGGGGAUUAGUGUGACGUGUGUGUGUGCGUGUAUCUUGAGAGAGAGAGGUUGAGCAGUUUUGGAACUCCUUUGGAGGAGAGCCAAACUCAGCAGGGAGGCUCAGAGCCAAGGCAGUCCCAGGACGGUAAAGUGCACAUUAGGUCUGGAUCAGAAAGCAUUAGCAAGCAACUUCCAGCAUUUAUGUUUGCCCCCUAUACAAGCACUGUGACUUUGACUUUUUGAUCCAUACACAGAAACAAAUGUGUUACACAGUGAACGUAGCUAAUCGCCUCCAAUAGUGGGGGUCUCCAAGUAAGGUCUUCCUUUUACCUGUAGCUUUACAGGUGUUAGGUGGUCAGCCAUGCUAGCUAACCUAAGCUAAUCACCGUGUGACCAUAGACUGCAAAACUGCUUUAUUUACCAGGCUGUAAGCAUGCUUUUCAGUACUGUAAACCUGGGCAUUUUAACAUGGGAGUCUGUGGGUGUUGGCUCACUUUUGGAGCAAGCUUCAAGUGGCCAUUAGGGGAACUGCAUUUUUUGGCAU